UGUACUUGAGUAGGGUAAAAAUACUCCACUACUGUCCACUUUUAUUUUAUUUUAAGGGUUUAUGAGGUUUACAACAAAUCAAAUCCCGCACUUUUACACAGCAGUUAUUUUCCUAUUUGCGCAGCAACACUCACUUUUCUGUGCUGUCCUAUAAAGCAGCCUAUGAAAUGAACGCAGUCUCCACCCAUUCCAGACCAACUUUUUGACGGGCUAUUGUUAUUCAAACGAGUCUCAAUAGGCGGAAUCGAGUCUAUCAGCCACACCGGAGCGCGCAGUCAGAACGCAGAGUGCGCAGAGGCCAUUCAACACCCGUUCGUGGGAACCACAGAGAACAUUGGACCACCACAGGCAGUAUGGACCACUGAAGUUGCCAGGACGCGAAACUUUAAUUCACCGUAUGUCGGAACAUAUAAAGGGGGAUUUGUGAAUACCUAGGACGCUGGUCUUUGGUUUUUAACCUCGUGGGAAGUUGGUUGUUACAGAAGCAGAACUGAAGGGCUCUACCUGUUGAGAUCAUGAGUCAGGACAUGACUUGCUCCGCGCGUCAGCGAGUGUUUCAGGAAGCGCUUAGGAAGGGCAACACCAAGGAGCUUCAUUCCCUCUUGCAAAACAUGACAAACUGCGAAUUUAACGUGAACUCGUUCGGACCCGAGGGACAGACGGCGCUGCACCAGUCCGUGAUCGACGGCAACUUGGAGUUAGUGAAGCUGCUCGUGAAGUUCGGCGCGGACAUCCGCCUGGCCAACAGAGACGGAUGGAGCGCGCUGCACAUAGCGGCGUUUGGUGGACACCAGGACAUCGUCCUUUACCUCGUGACGCGGGCGAAAUACUCCUCGAGCGCAAUCUGAACAAUCAAAGAGAAUAUGACACUGUACCUAUCACAUUUGACCCCUUUGUGCCAAAGUAAAAGACAGCAGCUGUGCGAUGUAACGCGUUUGGGAAAUCUGUAGGCACAGAAUUGAAACAAAAGGCAACCCUGCUGAAAAAAACCCAAUAGAAAUUCUAAUGGAAUUCUAAUUUAUUUAUAAAGAACAUCGAAACCAUUACAAAAUUCCGUUAUGUGGUGUGCUUAAGGCCUAAUUCCAGUUGGACGUAAUGCCAGAAAACAUCCCACCAAUAGAACCAUUACCAGAUCCCAUAAUAAUCCAUUAGAAUUUCUGCGAUGGUUUUGUUUAGCAGGGAAUUUUAGGGUUGGUACAAUGUCAUGAAUGCGGUUUGUCAACUUUUAAUGCACGAUGAAAAUGUUCACAGAUGACAGGUUAAACACUCGGAUCUCCACGAGAAAACUGACAUGUCCUACAAGAUGCAGAAUUACAUUAUACAAUCUCUCUGCGUGUUCUCUAAACAGGGACUGAUGUCAGAUACCUCAAGUGUAACGCAUUUAAUAUGAUGACAUUGCAGGUUAGUAUACCGUGGACAAUUCAGGAUGAUCCAUUUCUUAUCUCCUAAAUUAUAAUAUUCAAGACUAUACACUAUCUGGCCCAGACACUACCACACAGGCCUGGAUUUUGCCAUCAUAGUCAGUAUUGUUACUGGUCUGAGUUCCCAUUCGAAUUGAAUUUCUCACAUUUUUAACGCAGCUUCAUUUUAGAGAAGCUCUAAUGGUAAAUGUCAAACUCCUCACAUUUCAAGUUCAAUCUUACUGUUUUGUCAUUCAGAUGCUGAGAGCACAGAACAGUGGUUUAAAGGGAUAGUUCAUCUGAAAAUAAAAACGAUGUCAUUUAUUUACCCACAUGCCUUUCCAAACCUGUAUAUGAAUGUUCUGUUGAACACAAAAGUAGAUAUUUUGAGAAAUGUGGUCCGUACAAUGGGGCCCAACGUUGUUUGGUUUCCAACGUGCUUCAAAAUAUCUUCAUAUAAAAUAUAAAAGUAAGUCAUACAGGUAUGGAAUGACAUCGAAGGGUAUAGAAAUGUUCAUUUGUGGGUGAGCUUUUGUCUCAGAACCAGCGCCAACUCAGGCAUGACGUGGUAAGGUUUGAAAACGUCGCGACUUUGGGAACGCUUCAAAGCCAGUAUGGAAAUAUGCAUCACUUAUACUUGAGAAUGUUUUAAAUAUUGCACUGAUGGCUGUUUUAUGACUUGUUGGUGUCAUGCCAACUUUUAAAGAUACUAUUUUUCUAAAUGGAAAAACGAUUCUUAAUGUAUGAAAGCUCCAGGGUGGUGUUCACUCAUUCUUUAUGAAGGCAUUUAUAUGCCGGCAUGCGAAUUGAAUUACUGUAUGUAUCAUUUUGUAAAACACUCUGCUUGAAUGUCUCUCAAACACAUGCAUAUCAACUGUGUUAAGGGCGGUGUUAUGCGUGUCCAUGUUGACACGAUGAGAGAACAUCCAAGUAAAGUGUCCAGACAGAAAUCUUGGAGCACUUCUUAUCUGAAGUCCCAUCCUCCUCUUUUUAAGGGGGGUGCUACAUGGUAAAAACCAGUGUAACCAGACGUUGCACAAUGCACAAGUCUUUACUUGAUAAUGCCAUAACAUUUAUGACAUGAGAGUAAAAGUUCCUUCUUUGAUCGAGAUAAAAGUCAAAUAACUGUGAUGAUAUUUUGUUUUGGACCAACUUUGAAAAUGUUAUUUUUGGAAUAUUAUGUUUGGAAACGAGGCCUCUCGUAAUGUUUUUCGUGAAUUGUUAUUUUGUCAUGUUUUUAUAUUUGUUUAGCUGUUUAUGUUUGAAAGGAUGUAAGUGGUCACAUGCAAAGAUAUUGCUUGCUGUAUUUUGUACAAAGGCAUUUAAAUAUUAAAUUCUGUGGUUUGAAAUA